UGUCCCUUCACGGCGGAGCUGCAGAGGCUCUGCCCGGGUGGGCUCCGCGAGGGCCGGCUCGGAGCCUCGCCCACGGCCGGGGCUGCGGGGUCUGUCCCCAGCCCGGGGGCGCCGGGGAGCGGUGCGGGAAGGCGGAGGGAUGUCGGGCCGAGCGGAGCGGGCAUGCCCGGGCACAUCCCGCGGGCGCAUGGCCGAGCGGCUGCUUCCCUCUAGCGGGGACCGGGGGCUCGGCCGCCGCCUGCGCCGGGCCCCGCACCUCCCUCCCUCCCUGCCUCCUUCCUUCCCUCCUUCCCUGCCUCCCUCCUUCCCUCCCUCCUUCCCGCCGCCCCGCGGCACGUGGGGAAGGCGGGACGCGCUUCCGGAGCGGCGGCGGAGCGUGUAAGAUCGUCUGACUUGUAGCAAUGGGGAGACCCAGGAAGGAGUCUGCUGGCACAUCAUCCCCCCGACCGGCCACAACCGCCGCCAAAACUGCUCCCGCUGCGCCCCCGCCUUCCACUUCAGCCCCCCGGGCCAGGGCUGCAGGGAGCCAGCCCCGAGGCACUUCGGCUGCCAAGGCUGCCACCCCCACGCAGGGGCGGGGGACAAAGGCAGACUCUGCUCAGCCGAGAUCCACAGCAUCCCGUGGAGCCCGAGGAGAAGCUGGGGACAAGAGCAGAGCACCCAGCUGGAGCUCUACAACCCAGAAGGCGCCUGAUGCCAGGGGAGCCGCCGGGCCUGCCCGAGCUGACCUGUACCCGCAGAAGAAGCAGCCUGGGGCUGACCUCAGCAAGGCCUGUGACCAGUUCCUGCCCCGUGUGAAGGGCCAGGACAUCCCGAAGGUGGAGAAGGAGACCCGGGGCCAGCGGGAGAACCCCAAGUGGUACGAGUGGCGGGAGAACCGCAUCACUGCCUCCGUGGCCCCCAAAAUUGCCAACAGCAAGUUUGCCAACAGCAAGACAGACGAGGUGCCCAAGUCUUACCUAAAAGAGGUAGUGAGCUCUGGCUCCAAGGUGCAGACCCCAGCCAUGUCCUGGGGGAUCCGCAACGAGAAGGUGGCUGUGGAGGCCUACAAGCAGAAGUCACAGAGGGAGGGCAGGCCAGUGCAAGUGGAGGACUGUGGCCUCUUCAUUCACCCCGAGAAGAACUGGCUUGCUGCCAGCCCGGAUGGGAUCAUCAAGGAUCCAGCCACAGGGAAGGACCUGGGGCUGCUGGAGGUGAAGUGUCCCUACAAGCACAGGAACAGGACGGUGCGUGAGGCCUGCAAGGACAAGGACUUCUGCCUGGAGGUGGAUGGGGAUUCCUAUGCCCUGAAGAAGAAUCAUCCCUACUUCACCCAGGUCCAGUGCCAGCUGGGAACCACUGGCUUGCAGCGGGCUGACUUUGUGGUGCACACCAACAAGGAGACAGCUGUGGUCCCCGUGGAGUUUGACAGCGAGUUCUGGGGGAAGACAGUGCCCAAGCUGGAGAAGUUUUACACGGAGGCAGUGAUUCCCCACCUGGAGCAGAAGGCAGGCAGCUCUGUCUGGGCCAAGGAGGAGUAGACCACUCCUGCCUACCUCAACUGGAUACUUGCUUGGUUGCAUAACUCCAGCUUUGUUCCGUAGCAUAGAAGUUAUACCCAGGUUAGUUGCUGUUCCUGAACUGUUCACAGCCAUAGAACUGAAAAGUUGUACCAGCAGGACCCUGCUUGGUAAGGGUCCCCCCAAACAGUGCCUUCUUGCUGCCCCAGCCAGGUCAGCACUCAGACCCCAGAGCCUUCUUGUCCUGUCACCCUCACUGUCCCCUACCUGUCCCAACAGCAUGCCUGAUAGAAGCUGGCACACAUCUGUGGAUCUGCAAAUGAAACCAGUAUCUCUGUGUUAGAAUUAGAGGCUUAUUUUGUGGAGAAAACUGGAACCUUUCGUACCUCAGUUGCUGUCGGGACUGAUUUCUAACUGCACUCCAGAGUGGAGACAGAGACAAGGAAGGUUUGUCAGAGCCCAAGAGCAAAACUCUUCUUUUGAGCCAGUGAUGUGCCUUAAGCAUCAGAGCAAAGGCACAUGGACACUCUUCCUCCCUGAGCCAUCAGACCUGCUGCUUCUGUGGCAUAACCCACGACAUUCCCUGUGAGAUGGCAGCAGGCUGUGGAACAUGAUUCCCACUGAAGAGGUUGUCCCCCAGGCCAUGCACCUCCUGAGGACCUACCCAUGGAGCAUCCCUGUAAACUGCAGCAGCGUGGGGAGGUGGUCAUUGUCAAAUUAAAUACAGAUGCACUGGUC